AUAUUUCCCCUAAUCCUAUCACACACUAAUUCACCUCAUUCAUACUGACUCCACCAAUACUGCUUUCCCCAUUUCCUGUGUCACUUAGCAACAACCAUCCCUCCCUUUUCCACUCCCCCAUCCAUCCUUUCAUUUUUUUCCUCCUUUGCAAUCACGAUUUCCAGGCUGUUUAGAAAAAUGAGGAUGCUCAGCAGCAUAGGGCAAGCUUUUCUUUCCAACCUCCUUUUUUAUGCCUGCCAAAUCCUUCUCGCCUCCAAAAUGAAAAUCCAGGCUGCCUGCAUAUGUGUAAUCAAAGGUUAAAAAGCACCCCGGCUGACACCACGCAUGUGUUAAUCUGUGCUGCAGCAGAGUGCAUCAUUUCCACUUUGACCUCAGAGUUAAUCUGCAUUCAGGCAGAAGCUCCGUUGCUUUAUUCUUUCAUUCUUUUUUUUUCUCCAUUUACUCUUUCUUGCUCCGUUGGCUUUUCUUGCAUGUGUGUCAGUGGUUCCGUAAAUGCGUGCAUGUGCAUGUGCUUCUUUCCUUGACUGUUUUUAUUCUGUGAAUGUCUGUGAUUCUGGCUUUUUGUUUGGGUUUUAUUUUUUUCCUUUUCUCCCAAUUAUAUUAUUUCCCUAGAUUUGGAAGCUGCUGCCUGCUGCCUGAGCUGACGUUUUCUGAUUAUAUCUGCAAAGGGCUUGUGCAGAUCUAAUUUCUGUCCCCCUGCAUAUUAAUUCCCGCAGCUGGGCGCAAUGUCUCAUCCCACUGACGGGACCUGGUAGGGAGGGGGGAGAACCACUACCAAAAAAAAAUUAAAGAAGGGGACGGAUCCAUCUGCAACCAAGAGAAAAGGGGGGAAAAAGCUGGGGAGGGGGGGUGGGGGGAUUGGAAUAGAGAUGAUUCCUCCAAAUCCAACAAGCCUGGGGAGCACUGCAUUCUUGAAUCCUGCAUUUUCUCUCAAAAUGAUGGUGUGGGCACUCCUGUUCCUCUCUCUCAUCCAGUGCUCCACCCAAAAGGGAGAUGAUGAUUAUGAAGAUUACACUUCAAAUAAGACUUGGGUUUUGACUCCCAAAGUCCAUGAGAGUGAUGUGACUCUUAUUUUAAAUGGCUUGCUGGAAGGAUAUGACAACAAGUUGAGACCUGACAUAGGAGUUAAGCCGACAAUAAUUCACACUGACAUGUAUGUGAACAGCAUUGGGCCUGUGAAUGCCAUCAACAUGGAAUAUACAAUUGAUAUAUUUUUCGCCCAAACGUGGUAUGACAGACGUCUGAAGUUCAACAGCACUAUAAAAGUGCUCAGAUUAAACAGCAACAUGGUUGGGAAGAUCUGGAUACCAGACACAUUUUUCCGAAAUUCCAAGAAAGCUGAUGCUCAUUGGAUAACAACUCCUAAUAGGAUGCUCAGGAUCUGGAAUGACGGCAGAGUCUUGUACACAUUGAGGCUGACAAUUGAUGCAGAGUGUCAGCUACAGUUACACAACUUCCCAAUGGAUGUGCACUCCUGCCCCCUGGAAUUUUCAAGCUAUGGGUACCCCAGAGAAGAGAUCAUCUACCAGUGGAAGCGCAGCUCGGUCGAGGUGGGGGACACCAGGUCCUGGAGGCUUUACCAGUUCGCCUUCACAGGACUGAGAAACACAACUGAGGUGGUGAAAACUACUUCAGGAGACUAUGUAGUCAUGUCUGUUUUCUUUAACCUGAGCAGGAGAAUGGGUUAUUUUACUAUUCAGACCUACAUUCCCUGCACACUUAUUGUUGUCUUGUCCUGGGUCUCUUUCUGGAUUAAUAAGGAUGCAGUUCCAGCCAGAACAUCACUGGGUAUUACCACUGUCCUGACCAUGACCACCCUCAGUACAAUUGCUCGUAAAUCUCUUCCCAAGGUCUCCUAUGUGACAGCAAUGGAUCUUUUUGUGUCAGUCUGCUUUAUUUUUGUUUUCUCUGCACUUGUGGAAUAUGGAACUUUGCAUUACUUUGUCAGCAAUAGAAAGCCAAGCAAGGAUAAAGACAAAAAGAAGAAAAACCCACUUCUUCGGAUGUUUUCCUUCAAGGCACCUACUAUUGACAUCCGCCCCCGAUCAGCUACUAUUCAAAUGAACAAUGCUACACACCUGCAAGAAAGGGAUGAAGAAUACGGGUACGAGUGUCUGGAUGGCAAGGACUGUGCCAGUUUUUUUUGCUGCUUCGAGGAUUGCCGGACGGGCGCGUGGCGGCACGGCCGGAUCCACAUCCGCAUCGCCAAAAUGGACUCCUACGCCCGCAUCUUCUUCCCCACCGCCUUCUGCUUGUUCAACCUGGUCUACUGGGUAUCCUACCUUUACCUUUAAGGCAGAAGGAAAUCAGUGAUAUCAGCCUUACUCACUGAAUUUCUUAGAGAGAUGGUUUCCUAAAUUCACUUGAAGUAUUUAUGAUGCGCUUUAUAGUGGUCUGAAUUCUUUAGUGCCAUAAUCCCGUAAAUAUCAGUCAUAUCAUUUGUCCAAAAAUUGCCAUCUGGUUAUUGUGAGUUGUAUGUCCAUUCCACAUGCCAAAAAUAAUUUGAAAAUAAAAUCCUAUGGACAGGCAAUAUACAGCUACACCCGCUGGAACAGAGAGAAACGGGGAGCGUAGCAACACCACUCACCAGCUGGUACUGCAGUUUCAAACAGGAGAGGAGAGAGAGGGGAGAUAAAGUGCUGUACAGUUGGCUAACAUUGGCUAUAAUUAUGCUAUAGCUUUAUUCUCUGUGGGCUUUUCUUUUUGGAAGAGUCAUCUCUCACUUUGAAUAGGUAUUAUUAAGCUAAGAAAGUUAAAUUCUACUCCCACCAAGAUGAAAAUUCCAUCCCUUUAAGAGCACAUGUACAAUGCUGUAAAUAUUUCAAUACCUUGUAGUACAUAAAGUCUAGUGCAUGCAUCUUUUGGGGGCCAAAAUAAAUGAAAAAAGGUACCAUAAAGUUUUGUCUUUUAUUUUGUGUCUCUGGAUGUGCUAUUGUAAUUGAAAUGUGGACAGAACUUUUUUUUUUCUUGAAAAAUUGCCCCUUUCCCUCAUGCAUGGAAGAUCCAAGCAGACAGCACUUUCAUGUAAGACAUUAGAGAAGCCUUAAGGAUUCAAAUUAAUAACAUGUAGACAAAUCUGUAUGGCCAAUAUAAUAGCUCAUAAAGUGUAAUGUAUGUGUCAGCUGCAGUUGUAGCCUUCAUUUGCCAUUGAUAUUUCAACUGAAUCUCCAGUAAUUACACAUUGCAAGAUCAGCUUCCGAAUUUAAUCCAUGUGCUUCUAUUGUUCUUUUCCUAUGUUGAGCUCUACAUUUUCCUUACACAAGUGUUUGUGGGGGUCUUUUAUUCUUUAAACCAAUCCAGGAAAUAGCUUUUAUUCUAGACGUUAUUUUUACAUAAGAGCUUCAAGUUAAUUUUGAAACAUUAGACUUUGUAUUAUAUAUACACAAAGAGUUCUCUGCCCAUUCAUGUCCUUGAUCAGCAAUAGUUGUUGUCAGUGCUGCUUUCACUCGGUGAGUACCUUUACUAAAACAAACCUUCCCUAGCACAUAGAUAGCCUUGAAAAUGACAGGGAACAAAAGGGUGUCUUGGCUACUAAAUCACAUGUAUGCAGCUAUGUGCAUUUAAAACCUUCAACCCACCUGGGUGAAUCUUGAAAACCUUUUAUCCACUGGUUUUCAGAACCUGUAUGAUUCUCAAUUAUGCAACCUUUAGCACAUGUAAAUAAGACUAAUCUUUUUUUUUUUUAUCUUGUAAAAUGUCACCUCCAGGAAAGUGGGCUUGCAGCUUGCAAAGGGAGAUCUAUAAUCUAUCAUUACAGAAUUACUACUAGUUAAAAUGGAGGAAAAGGAAAGUUUUCCAAUGUUUGUAUAGUUUUGGAAAUAAAAAUGUAUAAAAAAGGAAUAUCUCUAUCAUCGAUUGCUCCUUGUCCAAUGUAUUUGAAAAAAUUUUAAUAAAGGAAUUGCACACACCUGUGGACUUUUUCAAUAAAACUGCUGCACUCAAUUCCAGUAUUCCUGUGAUUAGUUUGUUAAAAGCAUGUUUUGAGAACUAGACUGCUGGACUAGUUUGAUUCAUCAGAUGCCUAAAUAUAAGUGAUUAUAAUCCU